CCUCAAACCCCUAUCGUUCGUACAAGUACAUAUAUGAAAUACAACAUAGAUGAAUAUCCAACCGGGACAAAUGCAAUAGUGGCAGUGUUGGCAUAUACUGGUUAUGACAUGGAGGAUGCAAUGAUUUUGAACAAGUCCUCUGUGGAGCGUGGAAUGUACCAUGGACAAAUUUAUCAGACAGAAACCAUUGACUUGUCUGAGCAGAGCGGUAGAUCAAGUCGCAGCCAAAAGUUGUUUAGGAGGAGUAAUAUAGAUAAAUCUGUGCGGUCUCAUAUAGAUUCGGACGGGCUUCCUUAUGUUGGUCAGAUGAUAAAACCAGAUGAGCCCUAUUGUAGCAUUUAUGAUGAGGUGGCAGGCACAACUAGAAACAUGAAACUUAAAGGUUCAGAACCUGUAUUUGUUGAUUACGUGUCUGUUGAUGUAAAGAAUAAGAAGCACCCUCAAAAGGUAAAUAGGGAUCUCUUUCCUUUUUAUCUGAAUUGUAACAGCAGAUAAAUAAUUAUAGUGGGUUCUAGUGGACUCAACUUGGAGUUUCACUUGAUCCUAUGUGAGUAUUAUUAUGAAAGCAAGGAAGCUCUACCUGUUCAUGUUUUUAAAUGUUCUUUUUAUUGAUAUUUGUGGCUGACAAUUAUAGCUUCAUUGGUUCAUGCGUUGAAUCAAGUAUUACUAUGUCAUGGGCUUGAUGGCACUCAUGGCUUUAUGGAGGAUGAUAAUUUCAGCCAUGAUAUGGAAAGUGGGGCCUAUGAGAAACAGGUGUAUUUGUAGAAAAGCCGCGCUUGUGGCCUUGAGCUAGGAUUGCUUUUUUUGUUCUCUAGAUGGGCUUCUUUGACAAAAGAUUUUAAAAACUUUACCUCUUUUAUAACUCCUCAGAAAAGUUCGCAUC